CCGGCUCUGCUGAUCCGGGCCCGUCCCACCAGCCGCCAGCCCUGCUCCGGGCAGCCUCUCCUCAGCCGCGGUACCGGGAUCCCGCCUUGUCCUUUCGGCUCCUCGCCGCCCCCCCCCUCCCCGGGGGGCUCCGCCAUGGCAAUGACAGGCCCAACUCCAUGUUCUUCCAUGAGUAACCACACCAAGGAGCGAGUGACCAUGACCAAGGUGACCCUGGAAAACUUCUACAGCAACCUCAUUGCACAGCAUGAAGAAAGAGAGAUGAGACAAAAGAAGCUGGAACAAAUGAUGGAAGAAGAAGGCUUAAAAGAUGAAGAGAAGAGGAUCAGGAGGUCAGCACAUGCACAAAAGGAAACUGAGUUUCUUCGCCUGAAGAGGACAAGGCUGGGACUGGAGGACUUUGAGUCUUUAAAAGUAAUAGGCAGAGGGGCAUUUGGAGAGGUGAGACUUGUCCAGAAGAAGGACACGGGCCAUGUUUAUGCCAUGAAAAUCCUAAGGAAAGCUGAUAUGCUUGAAAAAGAGCAGGUUGGCCACAUCCGUGCAGAGAGGGACAUCCUAGUGGAGGCAGACAGCUUGUGGGUGGUGAAAAUGUUCUACAGCUUUCAGGACAAGCUAAACCUCUACCUUAUCAUGGAGUUCCUGCCUGGAGGUGACAUGAUGACUCUUUUGAUGAAAAAAGACACUCUCACAGAAGAAGAGACACAGUUCUACAUAGCAGAGACUGUGCUGGCCAUUGAUUCUAUCCACCAGCUGGGUUUUAUCCAUCGAGACAUAAAACCAGACAACCUUCUCCUGGACAGCAAGGGCCACGUGAAGCUCUCAGACUUUGGUCUUUGCACUGGGCUCAAGAAAGCCCACAGAACAGAGUUUUAUAGAAACUUGAACCACAGUCUUCCUAGUGAUUUCACUUUCCAGAACAUGAAUUCCAAAAGGAAAGCAGAGACUUGGAAGAGGAACAGGCGGCAGCUGGCUUUUUCUACUGUGGGUACUCCAGAUUACAUUGCUCCUGAAGUGUUCAUGCAGACUGGGUACAACAAGCUUUGUGACUGGUGGUCACUCGGGGUCAUCAUGUACGAGAUGUUGAUUGGUUACCCACCCUUCUGUUCUGAGACCCCACAAGAAACCUAUAAGAAAGUAAUGAACUGGAAAGAGACCCUGACAUUCCCUCCCGAAGUUCCAAUAUCUGAUAAAGCAAAGGAUCUUAUUUUAAGAUUUUGCUGUGAAUGGGAGCACAGAAUUGGUGCAUCUGGUGUGGAGGAAAUAAAGAGUAACCCAUUCUUUGAAGGGGUUGAUUGGGAACAUAUCAGAGAGAGACCUGCUGCAAUUUCCAUAGAGAUUAAAAGCAUUGAUGAUACCUCAAACUUUGAUGAAUUCCCAGAAUCUGAUAUCCUUAAACCAACAGUGGCAACAAGCAACCACCCAGAGACUGAUUACAAGAACAAAGACUGGGUUUUUAUUAAUUACACCUACAAGCGUUUCGAGGGUCUGACAGCCCGAGGAGCAAUCCCAUCCUAUAUGAAAGCAGGAAAGUAAUCCUUCUUUUUCCUGGGACAACUUCUGAGCCAUGGAAUUCUGUUCCUGUACCUUGGGUUUACACCCAUAAAAGAACUAGUUUGUGUUUUGUUUUUUUUUUAAAGAAAACUUGAGGGCUAGCAACUCUUGGAGAAGACUUGAGGACCCUGUUUUGUUCCACACCCUGGUUGUUACUGAGGAUUGUUUUUCUUCUGCACCAUGGAAGAAUCCCAGCAGUUGUUGGCAUCAUCUCUGCUCCAAGCACCUUUUGCUGCUUGAGGAGCAAGAGUUUUACUUUUUCACUUCUUUGCCAGAUUGUACAGACCACCCAGAGAGGAGAGCAAACCUUCCCUUGGACAUUGCAAAGCACGUGGUGUUGAUAGGGACUGUUCUGCCAGUCCUUGCACUCAGUGACAAACUCCAGCUGCCAAUUCCCAGCACUGCUCUCCCAGUCACUAAGGACUUGGGAAACAAAGCAAUAAUUAAAGCUUGAGAUAAACAGCUCUCCAGUAAAUGAGCAGAAGGACACCAUUGGUAUUGCCUUAACCCUUAGUUUGUAGUGCUGGUUUUUAUAAUGCUACUUGGAAGCCUCUUGAAGAGCAUCUCUCAACCCUGGCACCGUGGCCUCCAGUUGCAGUGCACUUUACUUUUGGUACUAAGACCCUCAAGCCAUGGAAUAUUUUGUUUCCAAGUUCCAAAAUUGUGCAACACUUUUUCUUCUCUAGCCAGUGACAGGAGAAACGGGGCCACCUCCUCCAGCACCCACAGUUUUCAGUUGCUGUAGGAAAGGGAUGAACGAUGCAGAGGAUAAAAAAAACUACAGCUGGUGACACGGGUGGAUCUGGAAUGAAGAGCAGAGAGGGAGGAAAAUGCUUUUCACCUGAUCCUUGCUGAGCAUCGUGUGUCCAGUCAGCUGGGAGGCUUCCCGUUCCUGCUGGUGCCAUCUCUUGGCCACUUGGAAGAUCUGCUGCAUCUUCAUCCGUUUGAAGAUGAAACCAUCUUUGGUGGCCUUUUUCCCCUUGGUUUUGAGCAGAACAGGCUCAGAUUCUCCCAUGGACUUUGCUGAUAGAGGCCUCCUUGGCUGUUCCUUGCAGAGCUCCUCUUGCUGUUGGGGCUGAACCAUCUGUCCCUGUGGUCUUCCAAAGAGAAGGUGUCUCAGGGGGUCACUUUUGGGGGUCACUUUUGGGGCAGUGCAACCCCCACCCUUUGAUUAUUGCCUAAUAGAAUUUCUACAAGUACAUGCAGCUGUGAUGAGGAUGCUCUCCAGGAGAGCCCCAAAGUGCCUUUCCUUGCCUAAGCAGCUCUCAGAACUUGGCUGCCUUUUGGGAGGGAGGAUCCUGCCUGGGUUGAAGCUUUUUGGUAAUUCCUUUUUAUAACCAUGAGCUCCACUUUGCACCUUGUCUGCAGUGAACUCAGCACUUCCAGGGGCAGGUGGCAUUAACCCCUGCAGCUGCCUGGUCCCAGUCUUGAAUUUCCAAUUAGUUUUGUUUUAACAAUAAAUGUACUGAGGUUUCUAAAACUCACCAAUUUGAACUGGCUUGGAUUCUUGCAAACUUUUAUUGGUGCUCAACACAAGCUCCCUAGCCCAGACAAGAAAAAAAAAGCUGUUUAGCAGCAAAGCUAGAACAGUGUUUCAAAGGAAGGCUUGGAGUUAGAUUUAGUCCUAACUUUCUAGAUUAGGAAAUGAAAGAAAAGAGUUUGUAGUGAAGCUUUUUUUUUUUUUUAAUAGGUGCUUUUAGGGAAUUUUUACCUAGGUUUUGAAUGGAGUGCCAUCAUGAAGGACUGAUUGGGGGAUUGAAAGUACCUUCAGUAGCUAAAAGUGGGUGACAGCUUGUUGGCAUCCUCUCCCUCACCACCCCUGGGGCUUUUUGUAUGUGGCCUAGGGAGUUGAAUUCACUGCCAGCAGCAGUUUAGGUGCCUGUGAGAUCCUACAAAGCUGAAAUGCAAAAAUAGCCUUCAUGUGGUCAGUAGGGCUGAUGAAUAAGGGCUAAUUGAAGUAAUGAUUUCUAGGGUCAGGCUUUUUAUCAGCUAGUCAGUCUUACCACCUGCUCCCUUUUUUAUGAAGGACUGAUACCAGCUUCUCAAAUUGCUCCAUCUCCUUAUCCUGCAGUUUCUUCUAGCCAUUGGAAAAUGUUGCCUUAUAAACCAGUGGAAAAGGAAGAGGUGUAAAUGCCAGAAUGUGUUUUUAAAUUCCUAACAGCUUAGUUACUGCCUUAAAAUUGAAUUAAAAAAAGAAAGAAUAAUUAAAUCAAAAUUCCUUAAAGCUGCUGUGAAUUAGGAGUAAAUGAUUUUGAGUAGCUGCAUUAUUGGCCCUUUACUAAAAGGGACUGGAAUUUUUAUUUCUAAAUACCAAAGAUGAAGAAGCUCUACAAUUGUAACACUGUGGUAACCUGCUGUGAAAAGACCCAACUCUACAGAAUAAUAUAUAGUGUGCAUUUUUAGUGCACGUGUUUCAAGGUCUCCUGAACCCUCAGACUGUUCAUUUUGGAGUGAAAGGUGAAGUUUUUUCAAAGGCACAAGGAGCAGCUGGGUACCUCAUUCCUGUUGUCUUUCAGGAGAAGUUGGAUGUCUUUGAAUACAGUCCUCCUGGGGACACCUUUCCAGCUGUAGGUUGUGUGUCACACUCACUGCUUCCUCUUACAGUUGUUGACCAACACUAGGAGAAAAAAGUCCAGUGUCUUCUUUCCAGGAUCCAUACUUCUCUGCUAAGAGAGGAAGAGUUUUUUGUCUGCCUGUUCCACCCCCCCAGCUUAGCCAAAUAUUUUUCUUAGCUUGUCUCUUGAGGUCAUAUAUAUCUUUUAAGCUCUUUUUUUUAAAGCUGCAAACAGUUGCUGGACUUGUAGGAGUCAUUCCCAUCUGAAUUUCCAGUGGAUCUGAACAUGAGUUAUGCUGCCAGUUCCUCUCUGUGUCAUGCUUAGCACAAAACUCUGCACUAGGUGUUUUCUAAUCACUGUGCCCUGACUCUGCCUUAACCUGCAAGUUGAAAAAGUGUUCUGUAAAUAUUGACAAGCUGUUUAAAAUUGCACUGUAAAAAAAAAUUGGCAGGUGUAGUGUGUGUGUGUGUGUGUGUGUGUGUUGCUGGGGGAGCCAACUUUUUAUGGAACCAUCUUUUGCAUUGUGUUGUGUAAAUAAACUCCUCUUAGGAAAGCCA